AUGGGCGCAGGCGGAGGACACAGUGCGGCAGUGGUGACGGCGCCGGAGGAGUCGAGGGAGGUGUGGCGUCGGAAUAUGGGGUUGGAGCUGCCCGGGAUCCUGGAGGCGCUCGACUCGGCCCCUACGCGGCGUUGGACACUGAGUUCCCCGGGUUCCUCCACCAGACCCGCGGUUGACGUCCCCCUGCGAGCGCUACCAAGAGGUCAGGCGCAAUGUGGACAAUCUUAAGCUCAUCCAGCUGGGGUUCUCCUUCUUCGGCGACGGCGGGCGCCGCGCCGGACCUGGCAGAUAAGCUUCCGCGACUUCGACGUUGCCUCUCGUCGGAUGCGCGAUCGGAGGCCUCGGUGGAGCUGCUGAAGAGGAGCGGCAUCGACUUGAGCAGGGCAAGAAGAGAGGGGGUCGACUGGGAGGUCCUCUCCGAGUUACUGCGGCGAUGCGAUUGGGUGGGGCGGUGCAAGCCCCGGUGGGUGACGUUCCAGGGGCUUUACGAAGUGGCGUACCUGGUGAAGCUACUCACCGUGGCGCGCCGUUGCCACCAACGAUCCCCGGGUUCACCCAGUUGGGGUGGGCGACCCUCGGGAGGGUCAUCGCCGUCAAGUACCUCACCAGGUUCUGCGGAGGGUUCCACCUCGGCCUGGCCCGGCUCGCCGAGACUGUCGGGGUGAAGCUGGAGGGCGGCGCGGCGCACCAAGCCGGCGUCGACGCCCUACUCACGGCGUCGGUCUUUGAGGUUCAAACGGAGCGAAUAUGCGGGGGCGCGAAGAAGAGCUGGAGGGCAUCCUCCACGGCAUCGAGUAGGAAAGGAUACUACCUCAGUCCUCGGAGGAAAUUGAGCAGGAGGAGGAGCUCUUCAUUGAAUCCAAGUAUAGUAAUUGA